UGAGCCCUGCGAUAGUGGGGCCAGCAGCACCUAUCACGAACCCGUACUCGGAUUCCUACUGCACAGGACCGGGACGCCGACCCCACGCUUGCCGUAGGAAAUGGGCCUAGCGGAAACUACCCUUCUGCACACGGAGCUUCCGGCGGGCCGCGCGACCAAUCAGAUGUGUCCGUGGUACUAGGAACCGGCCAAUGGGGCCGAGGCUGGUGGCGGUUGAAGUUUAAACUCUCGAACGGAGCGAGCGAGCGAGCUGGCUGCCGUUGGGACUUAGCUACAGAGGCGCUGAGGCGGUGUCCGUGGCCCGCGGACCUGGGGUUGCCGCGCCGGGUAGUGUUUCAGGGGAGGUCACCAUGUCACAGGAUUGGAAUGAGUGGGAGCUGAGUAAAGAGAAUGUGCAACCCCUGAGACAGGGGCGAAUCAUGUCUACCCUGCAGGAAGUCUUGGCUCAGCAGGAGACUUCCAGCCACACAGCUAUUCAGCAGCAAAAACAGGAAUUUGAAUCUGAAAUCCGCUUUUACUCUGGAGAUGAUCCAUUGGAUGUUUGGGACAGGUACAUCAAAUGGACAGAGCAAACAUUCCCUCAAGGUGGAAAAGAGAGCAACCUCUCAGCAGUGCUGGAGAGAGCUGUAAAAGCACUGAAUGAGCAGCAGAGAUACUACAAAGACCCUCGCUAUCUCAGUCUCUGGCUCAAGUUUGGAAACUACUGUAGUGAACCGUUGGACCUCUACAGUUAUCUACACAGCCAGGAAAUUGGCACAUCGCUGGCGUUAUUCUACAUCACAUGGGCAGAGGCGCUUGAGGCGAGAGGUAGUUAUAAGAAAGCAGAUUUAAUAUUCCAGGAAGGGCUUCAGCGCAGGGCUGAGCCUCAAGACAAACUACAGUCCCAUCACAGGCAGUUUCAAGCCCGUGUCUCUCGACAGACUCUGCUGGGACUUGAGCAAGAUGAGGAGGAGUUGGAUCUUCCUGUUAUAACUGAAACCCAAAGGAGCUCACUGGCAGAACUGAAAGGCAAGGGGAAGAAAAAUGUGAGAGCCCCAAUCAGUCGAGUAGGCGAUGCUCUUAAAGCUGCAAACCGAGGCCGAAGCUUCCAGAAUUCAACAUCUCAACAGGUGUCAAAUGGCCCAAAUUUUGCUGUAUUUGAUGAAAACACAGCCUCAAUCUCUAGAGCUGAGCUUCCUAUACUUACACCACAGCCAUGGGCAGCACCCCCAACAGGAAGGGCCAAAGAGAACGAACUGAAGGCAGGACCUUGGAACUCAGGCAAGCGUCCUCGCGGUAACAUGAACUCUGGUGUAGAGGUGCCCUGUAUGCUGCCCAGCUUUACCCCAUAUGUGGAAGAGUCUGCACAGCAACAAGUCAUUACUCCCUGCAAAAUUGAGCCCAGCAUAAAUCAUGUUUUAAGUGCUCGGAAGCCUGGGAAGGAAGAAGAUCCACUACAACGGGUGCAAAACCAUCAACAGGACAGUCAGGAGAAGAAAGAGGUUGCAAUGUAUUGUAAAGAGAGAGUUUAUGCUGGAGUAGAGGAGUUCUCCUUGGAGGAGAUUCGAGCUGAAAUAUAUAGAAAGAAAGCAAAAAAGAGAAGGGAAGAGGAGUUUCAUGCCAUAGCACAGCAGACAGCAGAGAUGCAGAGGAGGAUUGAAGAGCUGGAGAAGAAGCUAAAGGAGAAAGAUGAUGACCACCAGCAGAGACCAUCUGAGCAGCCAACAGAAGAGAGGGAGCCUGCAAGAAUGGAAUCUGUUUUGGUGGGCACUUCAGAGCCUCUUGAAGCACAAGGAGAAGUUGCUUUCUCCAGUGCAGUAGCACUCACUGCAGCAUCUCUUGUGAAGAAACUGACUGGAUUGCAAAGUGAGUCCCAGUUGGCAGAAAAUGCUCAGCAGCACGAACAGCCGUGCUCCAAAGAAAUAACCCAGCCUCUAGCUGUGUGCUCAGAAAUCCGGAGAGACAAUGUGUUUUUGGAUGACCAGGAUGAGCAGAAAAUUGAGACCACACUUAAGAAAAAAGAUGCAGAUCUCCCUCCUUCACUGGAUCCUACUACGUUUUUCUCCAUAUUUGAUGAAUCGUCUGCUUCAGAAAACCAGAAUGUCAGUCAUCCUGCAGGCCACCCACAGAAAAGUGCCCGACGUCCCCUUGCUGUUCGUAAACCUUCAGAUAGUAUCACCGCCAAGGAAAACAUAUCACCAGAAGUCUGCGAUGAGCUCCAUGGAAUUGAACCCUUAGCUGAAGAUGCAAUUUUGACUGGCUCCUAUAAGAACAAAACCCUUUGCCCCAGCCCAGAAGAUACGUGUGACUUUGUUAGGGCAGCCCACUUGGCAUCAACUCCCUUCCAUGGAGUAAUCUCACAGAGAAUCCAACCUCCUACCAAUCCAGAGAGUACCCUGAAGGAAGAGUGUCCAGAGCCUAAGAACACAUCUGUGAGCCAGCAAAUCGCUAUUUGUGAGGGUAUCUACAAUGAAACUCUUUGCAUUAAGAAGCUGAGCCCAAUUAUGGAAGCAAGUCAGGAAGACACCCGCUCCUCUGGUUCAUCUGUUUCCUCAGCCUCCUCUCUUUCCUCUGUUACACAUAUCUCCACUAUUAAAUAUCUGCAUAUCCCUGAGAAACUGGAAUUGGCUCAGAGCCUGCCUGUUGAAAUGGCUAGCGACACUGGAGGCAGCGAAGACACUACUAAUGACCCACCUCAAGUAUUGUGGAGUGCAGAGCAGCGCAGAAGGCUGUUGGACCCUCUGCCAGAUUCCUUGAGUAAUUCUCCAGGUUUUUGUUCAGAGAAUGGGCCCAUGCCCGUGAUGGAGCUGGAAAAAGAAAUAGAGCUGGGGAAUGAGAUUUACUGCAUCAAACGGGAAUACUGGACCAAUGAAGACUACAAGAUGUUCUUUGGUGUUCUGUCCAGCUUUGCCGAGCUGGAUGCAAAGGGGUUUGCAAUAAAGGUGUUUUCGCAGCCCGUGCCUUGGGAUUUCUAUAUCACACUCCAGUUGCAAGAGCGUCUGAGUACUGACUUUGACCAAAGCUUCAGUGAGAACUGCAGCUGUUUCUUAUACCUGGAUGGCUGUGCUAUUCUGCAUAGGGAGAUAAAUCGCUUUACCCUCUGGGAUAUCAUCCAGUGCUGUAAAGCCAUCCCUGAGGAAGUGAUUAUGCUGGUUGUCUACAAUAUCCUGGAUGUGGUGCAGAAGCUACACAAAGCGGAGAUUGUCCAUGGAAACUUGUGUCCAGAGGCUCUCUUCCUGGGAGACAGGAUCUGUGAUCCAUUUGCUAAUAAUGAGAUUACCAGUGCUUUGAAGAUAGUGGACUUCUCUUACAGCCUGGAUGUGAGGUUGCAGCCUAAAGUGAGUUUACUCAACAGCUUCCCAAUAGCUCAGACCCAGUAUGGACAACAGAUCCUAGCCAAGUGCUCUCUUCCUUAUCAGGUAGACUUGGUUGGUAUUGCAGAAAUUGUGCAUUUGAUGCUGUUUGGGGAGCACCUCCGGGUUUAUCAAGAAGAUUCCCUAUGGAAAAUCAGCCAGAAUUUCUCCAAGACUGUUGACAGUGAUUUGUGGAAUAAAUUCUUUAGGAGGAUUCUGAAUGCAGAUGGUAAGUCCACAGUGCCCAUGCUGAGGGAACUAAGAGAGGAAAUGAGUGGCAUGUUUAACAGCUUUGUGCAAGAAUGGUUUUGUGGCGCCUUAGCGAAAUUGGGAGAAACUUUCAACGUGGAGAACUUCCUCUGAUCCCAUGUAGAAGGGCAACCAGCUGCCCCUUUUUAUCUAUCCCAAGGGGAAUUUGCUGUUAAUACUGAAUAUGCAAUAUAUCUUCAGUGCUAAACAUGGAAAUUGGUUGCAACUGUUUCUUCAAUACUUUAUAUAGAACUUGUUAAAUGUUUAUUAUGAGUUAAUGUCUAGAUGUCUCUUAAACCUGGUGCAUUAACUAGAUAUGUACAGAUAAUGUUUUACCCAUUUUCUUUACCAAACUGUUCUACACCAACCAGCCUCAUGUAUGACUGCUAAAUGUAUGUUUUAAUACCUAAAGCACAUUCAUGAGUUCCUCCACCUUUGUCCUGUCUUUUUGUUCUGUCCUGUACACCUGCUGUUAAUUACUGUUUAAGUAAUAAACCUAUGUUUUUUUGUAAGCAA